UUUAUUUAUUCAGAUUAUAAAACAAGCUACUAUUAACAUGACCCAAGAUAGCGAACACAAUCCGAUUGUGGUUGGAUUAGAUGAAUUACAAAAUGGAAUUGAUUAUGACAUAUUACAAAAAGCAUUUGGUCCCGACUCACUAGGAAUUAUUUUAGUAAAAGAUUUACCCCAGCAUUUUCAUAAGUUGAGAUUAGAAGUUUUACAGAGUGCUUCUGUAUUGGCUAAUUUACCUGAGGAAGAUCUAAAUAUUUUAGAAUCAGAGGAAUCCAUAUGGUUAACUGGUUGGUCAUGUGGAAAGGAGAAAUUAGCAUCUAGUGGUAAACCAGAUUUUAAUAAAGGAUCAUUUUAUGUUAAUUGUGCAUUUCAUAAUGAUUCCUCAUUAGAGGGCCCAUUACCAGAAUUAGUGGAAAGAUUUCAAGAUUAUAAGGCAUAUACAACUCCAAAUCUAUGGCCUAAAGCGAAUGCAGGGUUGGAAUCAUUUGAAAGUAAUUUAAAAGAGCUUUGUAACUUUAUAAUUGAUGUUGCUGGGUCAGUAGCAGCCAAUUGUGAUAAAUACAUCAAACUGGUUUAUGAGAGCUAUUCAAGUGAUUUUUUACAAAGAGUAGUGAGAGAUUCAACGUGUACUAAAGCUAGACUAUUGCAUUAUUUCCCAUCAAAACAAGCUCAAUCUAAUUCAAUUAAAGGAGAAGAUGAUUGGUGUGGAGAACAUCUAGAUCAUUCAUGUUUGACUGGCCUAACAUCUGCAUUGUUUAUUGAUGAAUCUAAGGGUCUCACAUAUAACUUAGAUAAAUCUCCUGAUGAAUUACUGGGAUUAUAUAUUCGUGAUAGAAAUAAUAAUGUUGUUAAAGUCAAUAUUCCUCCCGAUUGUCUUGCAUUUCAAAGUGGAUCAACAUUACAAGAAGUUUCUAAAGGUGGAUUUAAGGCAGUUCCUCAUUAUGUUAAAGGAACUUCUUUACCUAGUAUAGCCAGGAAUACAUUGGCUGUGUUUUGCCAACCGGAUUUGGAUGAACCAGUCAAUGAAAAUGAGAAUUUUGCUGAAUAUUCAAAUAGAAUUCUUAAAGGAAACCAUUAGUUAGAUUUAUUACUUAUAUAUUAUUAUUUAUUACUUAUAUAUUAUUUUAUUAAUGUACAAUUUAACGUAGUACAA